AUGAGACUCAUCGACCUCGCCAUCCUCGCCCUCACCCCCCUCACACACGCAGCCAACAUAAUCCUCUCCAACGACGACGGCUGGGCCGAGCUCAACAUCCGGACCUUCUACACCUCUCUGAAAACCGCGGGGAAUAAUGCAUUAAUAUCUGCCCCGGCGCGAGAUGGAUCUGGCACAGGUUCCGCCGACGUCCCCGCCACCCCGCUGCUUUUCACCGGUUGUGAAUUCGAUAGCUGUCCGCGCGGCUCGCCGGCGGAGGGGUUCAACGCGUCGGAUCCGGGGCUUAAUUAUGUGAAUUCUUUCCCCGUCACGGCGAUGAAGUAUGGCAUAAAGACUUUGGCGCCGAAGUUGUUUAAUGGUGGGGCGGUGGAUGUGGCUGUUACGGGGCCGAAUGUUGGAGUCAAUACCGGCACGCUGUUCGUGCAGUUCUCUGGCACCGUGGGCGCGGCCACCGAGGCUGUCAAGGAGGGUAUCCCCGCCAUAGCCUUCUCAGGCACUACAGGCGAUAAAAUCGCUUGGAAUGUGCCCGCGCCGCCUUAUGUAGGCAUUUAUGCCGACUUGGCGACGAAUGUUACGGACACACUCCUUGCGUCAAGCAAGCCGUACCUCCCGACGAAUGUUUGGUUGAAUGUGAAUUUUGGUGCUGUCGGUGACACGACCUGUACGCAAGCGGCGGAUUUCAGGUUCGUGCUUACCAGGAUUGGGACCGCGGUGCCGGUUUUUACGCCUGAUGAUGUAGAGACGUGUGGGAAGAAAAGGUUGCCGAGGGAGGAGGAUGUGGUCAAGAUGGCGGGGUGCUAUGCGAGUGUUAGUGUGGGAAAGGCGGAUUCGAAGGCGGAUGCGGGCGCGGCGGAGCAGGGGGUUGUGCUGGGGAAGUUGGGGGGAUUGUUGACUUGUUUGCCUUGA